UAAGUACCAGGUGGUGGUGGAGGAGGAGCGUCCCCGUCGGCAGCGUAGAGGAACAGCAGAGAUCCUUCGCUGUUAUCCGGUUCCGAUCCACUUCCAGAACGCCACGCUGCUCAACUCUCAGUAUUACUUCAGCGCCGAGCUGCCGAUGAGCGAGCUGAGAACGCCGAUGCCUUUCUGUGUCGGUGAUAACAGGACCUACAGCGGUUACUGGAACGUUCCUCUGCUGCCUCAUAAGAGUUAUGGGAUCUACUACCAGGCUGUCAGCACCGCUAACGGGGAAACAAAGAUCGACUGUGUGCGGGUGGCCACUAAAGCUGCUAUAAUCGUCACCCAGCUCACCACGCCGUACAUUCGCAUCGCCCCGGCAGCCGGCGACAAGCAGCUCCCAGGAGCUGCGACCAGGAAGCCAGAACCAGAACAGGAGAAACAGUCGGAUCACACGGUGAAGAUUGCCGGAGCCAUCGCCGGCAUCCUGCUCUUCAUCAUCAUCUUCCUCGGAGUCAUCCUGCUGAUGAAGAAACGACGAAGAAAUUAUCACUCCUACACUUACUACCUGAAGUUGGCGAAGAAGAGGAAGGAGACUCUGAGCUCCAGACAGGAAAUGACUCUGAUGGUCAACAACUCCCAACACACAGCUAUGGUGGACACGCACACGCACACACUGAACGGACGCAGUGAGUACACACAAACACACAAACACACAAACACACAAACCCCAUGUUGUUUAAAGGUGUGU